AUGCCCUGCUCCGAAGCGACCCCCGCAGCCGUCUCCAGCAAGAGGCCUCGGUCUGAGCAGCACCAGGAGACCCCCGUGCGCCUCCGCUUCGCGCGCCUCUCGGAGCACGCCACGGCCCCAUCCAAGGGGUCGGCGCGGGAUGCGGGCUAUGAUCUCUACAAUGCCUAUGAUUAUACAAUACCGGCCAUGGAGAAAGCCCUUGUGAAAACAGACAUUCAGAUCUCUCUCCCUCCUGGGUGUUAUGGUAGAGUUGCUCCACGUUCUGGCUUGGCUGCAAAACAUUUCAUAGAUGUAGGAGCUGGUGUCAUAGAUGAAGAUUACAGAGGAAAUGUUGGUGUCGUUCUAUUUAACUUUGGCAAAGAAACAUUUGAAGUGAAGAAAGGUGAUCGGAUUGCACAGCUGAUUUGUGAAAGGGUUUUUUAUCCAGAACUUGAAGAAGUCCAAGGCCUAGAUGACACUGAACGUGGAUCAGGAGGUUUUGGUUCUACUGGUCAGAACUAAAAUUAUAUAAUAAGAAUAGAUGUGGCAGCUUUCCCCCUAAAACAGUUAAUAAAAU